GUGAUAUGCUCAGAGCAGAGGUUUCAUCUGGCUCACAGCUUGGUACCAAUCUAAAAAAAAUUAUGGAUGCUGGCCAACUGGUAUCUGAUCAGCUUGUGAUUGAUCUUAUUGACACAAACCUGAAUAAAGAAGAGUGCAAGAAAGGUUUUCUUCUAGAUGGCUUUCCCCGUACUGUGGCCCAAGCUGAAGCUCUGGAUAAUUUGUUAGAAAAAAGGAAUACAAGUCUAACGUCUGUUAUUGAAUUCAAAGUGAGCAGAAGUGAGUUAGUGAAGAGAAUAUGUGGACGUUUAACUCACCCUGCUAGUGGGAGAAUGUACCAUGUAGACUUCAAGCCACCAAAGGUUCCUAUGAAAGAUGAUGUGACUGGUGAAGAUUUGAUUCGCCGUUCUGAUGACACUGAGGAAAAACUUACUAAACGCAUGGAGGUCUAUGAUCAACAGACAAAACCAGUUGUUGAUUACUACUACAGGAAGAAUAUUCUUUCAAAUGUCGAUGCUGAUAAGCCUCCGGAGAAAGUUGGCAUUGCUGUUAUGCAGAAUAUUUUUACAAAUAUAAGACAGAGAAUGCGCGUUUCAUUACCUACAUCAUCUGCUGAAGAUUCGUAACAUACUUGUUCAUAGAAACAUUAAAUCAUUCCUGAGUAUUACAGGUCACAUAUGUACAACACCUUUUUGGUUUUUAUCAUAAAUUUCAAGUUAGUGUUUAUGUUUAAAUUAUGAACAGUUUGAUUAAAAAGUAUGUUUUGACCA